UGCAGUUGACCAUGGUUUCACAGAGCUCUCAGUCUGUCUUGGAAAAGUUACCACCUAAGAGCAUCUGUUGCUGUCUUUGAUUUCUCCCUUGGGCAUUCUAUGAUGUUACUCUGAAAGAAACCCAGCAAACUGUAAGAGAAAACCAUCUCAUCCUGACAUUGUCUCUUCCUGUGAGUCCACUCACAUUUCCCAACACCCUGCAUCUUAUUCCACAAUGAAAGAUGUACAAGUUCCAUGCCAAACGGGUAAAAGUUGCUAUUGGAUAUAUGUGGACUUCAAAUCUUUGCAAGUUCAGGCAAUCUCUUAAAAAUUUUUAUCAAAAAUGUAAGAUCCAGCACUCAGCUUCAACCAUCAGAUACCCAACAAUGACUUAUGAUUGUGACCAAGACGGCAUCAGUUCAGAGGAAGAAAUGAAUCUCAUAGUAAUUCUCCAAGAUAUUAAAUUUACCCAAAUUGAACUCCUCAGCAGGAUGACUGACAUCGUCAGUGCAGUAUCAGAAGUCCAGGAAAAGAUCAAUCACUAUGAGAAUCAGAUGGAGGCCCUAGAAGCCAGAAUGAAUGUUAAUGAAGACAAACAAUUCACAAUCACCAAAGAUAUCCUCCCUGUGAAAGAAGACAUGAAUACUUUAAAGAACAAGGUUACAGAACUGGAAAACCAGAAAGCUUGCACCAGCAUAUAUUGUUUAGAAGUUCUGGAGAAAGAAAAAGCUAAAGAAAUUAUAGAACUGCUUUAUGAAUUUAUGCAACUGGAAACUAUGAAGAACACCGCGGUGUCUGUGGACCCUAAAAUCUCUACAGUAGAACCAGGAAAAGUGCUGGGUUAUCCAGAGCCUACUGAUCAUCCUGAAGAAAAUAAAAUCUCUACCAAAACUAAAACUCUAAGGAAAAGUAACCUCCAAAAAGCACCUAAAAGCCUGAAAAGGGCAAAGUCAAAUAUUAAUAUUUACCCAAACUUUGGUACAUGGAUUAAGCUAACUUUUGUUCAUGGAGGAAAGUGGAAAUUUUUCCUCAGGGCUACCAAGUUAGAGGACUUCAUCCAGUGGCUUCUUUCUACACCAGCUCUCCUUCCUGAGGAAGCACAGGUCAUCCCCAAGAGAGGCGGUCCACUCUCUGGACCUAUUUCAAGCUUGACUGCAGUUUUUCUUUCUCUUUUCAACUAUGUUUACUGCCUUUUUGGUUCUUCAAAAGAGGAAGUAACUAGGCUAUAGAGUGUUUUUCUUCUCUCCUGUGCUUAGUACAAAAUAA